UCCAGCUGGUGUGCCGAGAAAGCCCGGCAUGACCCGUGAUGACCUCUUCAAGAUCAAUGCCGGCAUUGUCAAAUCACUUUGUGAGGCAAUUUCCAAAUAUUGCCCCAAUGCUCUUGUGAAUAUGAUAAGCAACCCCGUGAAUUCAACGGUACCAAUUGCUGCUGAAGUCUUCAAGAAGAAGGGAGUAUAUGAUGAGAGGAGACUCUUUGGUGUAACCACUCUUGAUGUUGUUAGAGCCAAAACGUUCUACGCUGGCAAGGCCAAUGUCAAUGUUGCUGAUGUUAAUAUACCUGUUAUUGGUGGCCAUGCUGGAAUUACUAUUCUCCCCUUGUUUUCACAAGUAUAUUUGCCGAUGCUUGCUUUAAAGGACUUAAUGGAGUCCCUGAUGUGGUGGAAUGUUCGUUUGUGCAAUCAACUGUGACAGAGCUACCUUUCUUUGCGUCAAAGGUGAGACUUGGGAAGAAUGGUGUGGAAGAAGUUUUGGGUGUGGG